GUUUGUCUCAGCUCAUACCGCAGCCAAAGCCUUGCCGCGUCUCCUCCCGCCUCGCCUUCAGGGCGGUGUGCGAGGGCGUGCACGUGGACGAGGGGCGGCAGCGCGUGGCGCUGCACGCGGGCACGGGCGCCAUGAGCCUGUGCGUGUCCGUAGCGCUGGCAGCGCGCUCCAUGCAGGUGGACAUCCGGCGCGGUGACAUGGUGCGCGACUGGCAGCGCGUCAGUGACGAGCCGCGCGCCUACUUCCACACGUCCGUGCUGCUGCGCCCUGUAGGGGGCUACCGCGUCGCCUCCACUCCUGAUGGCAUCGCUCUGCCACGCCAGCUGCCUGCAGGGCGGUACUCCGUGGGGUGGCGAGUGAAGGCGCAGCACAUGGCGCCGGACCUGAUGUUCCACGCCGACUCCACCUUCUCCUUCGACAACAGCUCCGCCAUCUGGCGCCGCCACUGCCAGCCGCUCACUGCCACGUGGCAGAUUCUCAGAGUGGGAGACGUGCUGCUGCCAUCAGCUGCCGAGCAACCUGGCAGUACGAGUCCCCCAGCCAUGAUGACAGCGGAGCUGCUGCAGCUGCAGGGAAAGGGACAGCAGCCGCCUGUUGUGAUCGACUGCAUUGUGUUGCAGCAGCGCACGGGGUGA